CGCGACGUCUGAGGAAGCCGGCACGGAAGGUUCGAUUUUGCCUGGGUUCUGCCCUUACCUUAGCUUUUGGAGGCGUGGAGAGGCCGCGCAGUUCUGCGUCGCUUGCGGAGUGAAUUCGAGCAUGGUACCAGAUAUGACCUCCCUGAACUGGUUGCUUGCAAGAGACUUUCUUCAGAGAUUUCAGGUUACCCUCAAGAUACAGAAGCCAAAUUAUGGAGUGCACAAAAAGUAGUGAGAAAUCCAGAACAGCCUCCUGGAAUCUUCACCCUGGGCCAUUCUUGAUGCUCAGCACCACCCCAGAUCUCCAGCUUCCUAGUAGACUCCUUGGGCAAAUGGUUGAUUCCAGACCUGGGGCACAGGAGGUACAAGACGAGCCUGGAACAUCUUGUUAUGCUAUAAAAGAAGGAACAAAGCCUCUCUGAAGUAUCUUCCACCAGGGGAAUAUCUCCACUGAUGUCUAGAAAGCUCUUUGGUUGGUGAAGGAAAUGACACCAUGGACUCCAGCAUACUGUCAGGACAGCUUUCAAAUCCAAUGGGAUGACUAUACAGGCUAGUAAAAGAAAGGUAUUUUCUUGGAUGGGAAGGGAAAUGAAAAAUCUCAAAGAGAGAAUGGUUCUCCUUCUUGGCUACUGUUGAAAGCUGCGGGUCCUUGAGCUUCUGCAGACUUCGGAAGAGGGAAUCCUUAGCUGAAACAUUCAAGAACCAGGGGGUCCCAGAGAGAGGGAAAAAAAACAAACCACCCAACAUACUUCUGUGCCUUGCAUACUGACCCAACCCACAGAACAAUUGGAAGAAUCUUUGCCAACCCACCAGAGAUCCCUGGAUUCCACUUGGAGAGCCCAUCAAUCUAAAAAACGACAUCUUGAUUUCAGAACCCUUCUUUUGAUCUGGAAUUAUCUAUUAUUGACCACAGAAAGCUGCUACUGACGAUUGCCAGAACAGUAUCCUGUAGAGCGCGAGGAAAGAAGAACCUUCGUGGAGGGAGCAGCCAUGUUGCAAUGAACCGACAACACAGAUAAUAUGAAGAACAAAUCCAGGGAGAAAUGGAACCAUACGCUGGAAGCAUGAAGUUACAAUAGUUCCUUUGGUCAAACUGCUCUGAAAAUGCAGGAAAAGACUCUCACUCAUGUUGAAGCAAGCUGGACUGGGCCAGGAUGGCAGACCACCAAACCAAGAAGAUUGUAAUUUUCCUCCUUUUUCUACUUCACGCAAAGGCCUCCAGGAAUGGAUGUCACACGCCUCCUCCUGGCUACCCUGCUGGUCUGCCUGUGCUUCCUCACUGCCUACAGCCACCUGGCACCUGAGGAAAAGCCCAGAGAUGAAAGGAGCCUAAGGAGCAACUCUUCCAUGAACCUGUUGGAUUUCCCUUCUGUCUCUAUUGUGGCACAGAACAAGAAAUCCAAAAAGAUCAGCAGAAAAGAAGCGGAAAAAAAAAGAUCUUCCAAGAAAAAGGCUUCGAUGAAGAAGGUGGCACAGCCCCGGCCCCCGCCGCCCGGCCCCUGCGUGGCCACCCGCGACAGCUGCAAGCCGCCGGCGCCCGCCUGCUGCGACCCGUGCGCCUUCUGCCAGUGCCGCUUCUUCCGCAGCGCCUGUUCCUGCCGCGUGCUCAACCCCACCUGCUGA